UGGUGUACAAAUAGCCAGUCUCACUAUUUUUAGCCUAAUGUGAUACACCCAACAAAUCAAUGCAUUGAUUUUCAGUUUUGACUUUCCCACUCUCCACAUCUUCUCAACUAUGAGUUUCAAGUUUCACUCAUUUCGUUAUUUUCAAGUUUCAAGUUUCAAGUUUUGCCAGUCACCAUCUUCCUCCUCUGUUAUCAAAUGCCUAUCAUUGAAUCCGAGCCCCCUGUUCUCUCGGUCGAAAUUGAGCCUCCUUCGAUGAGACUCAAUGAUACUCUCCAUGAAAAACCAGAAUUAGGCCCCAAGCCACCUUCUUUGUGGGUGUUCAGUUUGGUCGGAGUCGUGGCCCUUUUCAUCAUUGGAGCCAUAUGUUUGGGGAUAUGGUGGCAGUCCUCUCACCAGCCAGCAGUGGUGCCAUUAACAGUUGCUGGUGACGAGCAAGAAGACGAGCACGAGCAGGAGAAUGUGGCAGAGCCGUAGGCAUAAUAGUAUAUGAUAGGAGGUGCAAUUAAAUAUUUUAAUUAGUAUUACAAUUAUAUUAGUUGUUAUUUUAUUUUGAAUGGUGUUGAAUUGGGCUUUUAUUAGUAUUUUGGCCUUUAAGUUUAUUAUAAUGUAGUGUUAUAGAGACAUUUGGGAUAAUCAAUGAAAAGAAGGGAAUCUUCAUUUGUAUACUUUGAUGGAACUUAUUGGUGUUGUUGGACAUAUUAUACAUUGGAAUUUUCUGAUUGUUAUGUUCUUUACUAAGGGUGCUCCUUCUUUGGCCGUUGGUUGUACUAUGGUUCUUAACCCGGCUGGACAAACAUCUCUCUCUGCGUUGUUUUAUGCUCAUCUCGCUAAUGAGGCUGGAAUUCCGAAUGGAGUACUCAAUGUAGUACCUGGAUUUGGCGCAACUGCAGGAGUUGUUAUCACCUCACAUAUGGACAUUGAUGCAGUAAGUUUUACUGGUUCAGCCGAAAUGAGUCGUCGCGUAAAAGCCGGUAUCGCUUGAGUUAGGAGGCAAGUCACCUGUCAUAGUUUUUGAUGAUGCUGAUGUUGCAGGCGGCUGCGUUGAGCAAUUUGAAGCCGGUAUCACUUGAGUUAGGAGGCAAGUCACCUGUCAUAGUUUUUGAUGAUGCUGAUGUUGAUAAAGUUGUUGAUCUUGCUCUAUUUGGAAUACUUCAUAAUAAGGGUGAAGUGUGCAUUGCAUUUUCAAGAGUUUUUGUUCAAGAAGGAAUUUAUGAUGAGUUUGAGAAGAAAGUGGUGGAAAAGGUGAAACACUGGGUAGUUGGUGACCCUUUUGAUCCUGAAGUUCAACAAGGACCCCAAACUAGUAAAGUGCAAUUUGAUAAAAUUCUUUCUUAUAUUGAGCAUCGAAAGAAUGAAGGAGCCACACUAUUAGCUGGGGUUCGGAAAGUGGGAAACAAAGGAUACUACAUUGAACCUACUAUUUUUACCAAUGUUAAGGAUGCUAUGCUAAUAGCACAAGAUGAAAUUUUUGGACCUGUAAUGACACUUUCUAAGUUCAAGACCAUUGAUGAAGCAAUUAAGAAGACCAACAAUACUGAAUAUGGUUUAGCAACAGGGAUUGUGACUCAAAACUUGGACAUUGCCAAUACUGUGACAAGGUCAAUUCGAGCAGGCAUCAUUUGGAUCAAUUGCUACUUUGCCUUUGAUAAUGACUGCACUUUUGGAGGGUAUAAGAUGAAUGGAUUUGGAAGAGAUUAUGGAUUGGAAGCACUUUCAAAUUUUUUAACAGUUAGGUAGCUGUCAAUGAAAAGAAGUGAAUCUUUAUUUUUAACAGUUUAGUUUUAUCUUUCUCAUAGUUUUACAACUUUUCUCUAGUUUUAUUAAGGUUUAGAAUUUGCUCAGACUGUGAAAAUUGUUAGGAUUUAAUUUUAUAAUGCUAUU